AUGUCGACCGCGUACCAACGGGUGGCCGAUCCCUCGCAAGGGUUGAGCAAAUCGGAGCCUGUUGCGAUUGUGGACGAGCAGGACAAUGUCGUCGACGUCGUGCCGCGCUGGCGUGUGCGGAAGGACAAUCUCCGACACCGCGCAACCUUCAUUUUCGUGCGGCAUCGCGAGGCCGGGAAACCCGUCCCAGCCAGCUGGCAAGAUGAGCUGUUUGUGGUGCAGAAGCGUGCCUUGAUCAAGGACUACUGCCCAGGGUAUCUGGACGCGUGCACUGGCGGCGUGAUGCAGGACGGCGAAGAGUACGAGCCGAGUGCUCGGCGCGAGCUGGAAGAGGAACUCGGCAUCAGCGCCGCCUCGCUGACCCCGCUCUUCCACUUCCUCCACGAAGACAGCGUGACCAAAGUGUGGGGCGGUGCAUUCCUGUGCGACUACACUGGCCGACUGGCAGACCUGGUGCUGCAGCCCGAAGAAGUCCUCAGCGUUGAGACGCUCACGUUGGGCGACAUGGUCGCGCGCAGCAGCGCCGGUGAGCCGUUCACGCCAGACUCGAUGUCCGCCGUCAAGCGUUACAUUGCGCAAUUGGAGGCCAAGUCGAAUUGA